UUUACAUUGCUGUCAGCUGACUUUUUUUCACCUGACUGCAAUUUACAAAAACUAUACAGACUUUUUUUAUAUUGUAGCUGUUAUGUAUCACCAUUUAAUUAACAUAUAGGCUAUGUUAAUGACUGAUAUGUAACUCUUUCGUUUUCACCCUUAGUAGCUAGUUCGCUUAUCAUUUGGAACACUUAACAAAGUGGUUAGCAUUUAGCUGGUGGAGCUAGCUGCUAAACAAGAGACACAGCUUUGAUUUGACACCUUACAUUAACGUGUCUCAAAAAUGGAUAAGAUUGCUAAAGAUGUAGGGGACAUCCAGUCCCGGCUGUUGGACCACCGCCCGGUCAUCAAUGCAGAGAUUCGCUACUUUGUGAGAGAGUUUGAGGAGAAGCGUGGACACAGGGAGAGCAGACUGCUGGAGAACCUCAAUAAAAUAGUUACGGAAACAAAUGAGCAGAUGCUGCCUACAGAUCUGGAGGGCAUACUGUCCAAUGUGUUUACGCGGUUGGAUGCUGCAAAUCACAUGGCGGAGAGAGUCCAGCAGAGGGAGCUAGAGGCCCAGCAGAGCACCCAGCUGCAGGGGAGCAUGGAGCGUCUGAAGGAGGAGUGGGCAGAGUUUCUGAAGGAGCAGCAGAGAUUAAAGGAGGAGGUGGACGAGGAGCACGCCAAGGCAGUCGGACAACUGAGCACCUCGUACAACGAAAAGAAGAAGGACUUGACCAAGUUCUCACCUCACUAAUCAGUUCACUCUUUUAUUCCAUGCUGGUGUUUGUUAUGGACGUCUGUUCUGCACGUGCUAAGAACUAUCGGCUUUGAUUGAUGAACCUGUUGGUUGGCAUAACAUUUGGAGGUUUUGCUCCUGCACAAGACUCAACAUUUUCCAAAUCGUAAAUAUGAAAGUGUGAUUAACAAUGUAGCAUUUCACAGGCCAUCAAACUUGCACAUUUCUGUCUGUAGCACAUGGAAUUUUCACGGCACCUAAAAGGUCUGGAAUAUGUCAUUUUUAAACAAGCAAUCAUUUGAUUGUUCCUUGGCCGUGAAGUUUUCAACAUUUCAAGAUUUUUAAUGGAUGCCCGUCUGAAGGGUGCUGAUGAUACAUUUGCGUAGGCCUCAAGUUAAAAGGAACCUGGAGUUUGGCACCAAGGUGAGAUAUUGUAGGCACUGGAAGCCAGAUAAUUAAAUGUUAGAACAGUCUUUCUGAGCAGGUGUGUUUAAAGCACAGGUUAAGUGUUGUAGAAACGUUCUCAAACAAAACUGUUUCCAGAACAAAUCAUCCCUCACAUGCUCUCCCAUGUUUCAAACACUUCACCUCUGACAUGAGCUUCAUGUAAACCAACUGUCUAUGAAGUAACUUUUAUAAUAAAGCUAUUUUGAUGAUCAGAA